AUGAUCUUGUCGACUGAGGACGAUGUAGAGAGUGUGUUGUCAGGACUAGAGCAGAGGAGCCUUAUAUACUACUUCAGUGGAGGGGUUAGCACCCUUACGCAACUGUCAAAUCACCAGGUAGCAACCCCUAAAGUGGCAGCAUUACUUCCUGUAACGAUGACAAUUACUCACUUCGAUACGGAAGUGAUUUUGAAUAGGAUCGCCGGUUCGCUAAUAGAGGGGGCGACCUUUCAGUUGAAGCUGAUACAAGAUCAAGACAUCACUUCCUUUCUCCAACUUAAAAAGUAA